AUGAAGCAUGUGGAGGCAAAAACGCGUUCGGUGAAUCCCACUCAGAGAAAGAAGAUGCAUGUGCAACUUCAUGGCUAUGCAGAUGGUAGCAUGACUCUAACAACCAACAAAUCGGAGUACAAUGAAUCCCUUGGUGUGAUCGCCAAUCUGGUUGGAAGUUCAGCAACCGUAAUGGCAGUGGAAAAGAUUUUAGACGCAACUGUUAAUCAAGGGAUUAAGCAAUUGAAAAUCAAUGAUGCGGCCAUUCAAUUGACUGAUAAUAUUAGUGAAGCAAAUGCUUUACUUGCCUUACAAUCAAAGCUUAAAAAGAAUCCAGGGAUCCAGGCUGCUGCUAAAUCUCAUGAUAUUCCCAUUUAUGUAACAAAGACAAGUUCUCUGGAGCAUGUAACAAAAGCUAUACGGGCAUUAUUAAGUGAUUAUGAAGAUGGUAUAAAGGAUUUUGAAGUACCGGACAAGAUAAAAUCAUUAGAGAUGAUUGAUGCUUUGGAGGAGGCACGAAUGGCUAUAGAGCAUACAGUUAUUCUGAAGGGAGAACCUGUGGAUCUACUACCAAGAUCAUCCCACAUAAUAUCUCAGCAGCUGGAACUUAUUCGUAAAUACCAACUAGAAAUAAGGAGAAUCAGUGGAGAGUCAGGUGUACAUCUACGCAUACUUCCAUCCCAUUAUGAAACUGAUGAUGUAAAAAGUAGUGAAACUUUUGAGUUUGAUAGUGAAUUAAAUGAACUUGCCUCCAAUGGCCAAGUGAACGGCUCAUUCAGCACCCUGGAUAGAUUGCCCCUGCUACCCGAGUAGGUUCCCUUGGGUUGUGUUUCAAUUGCCAUUUGUACAUCCUUUUAUGCACUCAACCCUGACGGAAGAAAAUUGAUAUAUUGAAAUGGAAGGUGGAUAGAUACAAAAACUCAAUUGUAUAUUCAUGAAAUGAAAUGAAAUAUGAAGAUUAGAUAUAAACCAAGUAAUUUGUAAACAUGUAGAAACAUUUUUUUUGUGCCUUAUGAAGUGUAAAACAAUAAGAUGUACAACAUACCACAUCUAGUAUCACAGUUAUGUACUUUCAUUUGUACAAAAUUGUGUAUUAUUUUUAUCAACUUAUUUACUGAUCUCACUUC